UAUGCCCACGUCUGACGCAAAGGCUGCCGAAUUCGCGCGGCUUUUCAACCUGUUCGACCGCCUCGCGUCCCGACGCGCUCGCACGACUACGGCCUCGACCAAUGACAACAACACGACGGAUAAUGAACGCGACGAGAGACAACGUCUCCUGCCCUUCCCAGACGACUUCAGCCCCGUCCUCAAGAAUCUCUCCACCAUCGCCGCCGCCGGGGUGCGCAAGCCACGCCUCGAGUACACUCGCCACCCGCGGCGCAACACGGUGGCAUCCAUCUCCGGCUCGCGACACGCGAGCGAUAUGAGCGCCGCCUCUGCGUCGGGCGAGAGUGCCGUCUCAGACAUCGAGGGCGGCAGCGACGUCGACGAGGAGUCGCUCGCGCAGUUCCCGCUUGCCGACGAAAAGAAUUACCCAUUCACAUUCAAGCACAUGGUGCACAAGCUAUACCCCAAGGACGACUGGGCGCGUGCGGUCAAGGAGCUGCUCGAGAAGUCGAAGAAUGAGUUCAAGCCGCUUGCAGAGCAGCGUGAGGCGGAGGCGAAGGGGUCCGCUGAGAAGGAGAAUGAUGAAAAUGGAGGAAGAGGCGUAGAGGAAGAGGAAGGUGUUAUGCGCUUCAAGGUUCCGACGAGCCCUGGAGCCGGCAGGCGAGGCAGCGUCUUCGGAGGAACACGCCAGCGCAGCCAGUCCAUUAUUGGUGGUACUUCGAGGGCAAUUAGCCCUCUGCCCACCCGCUCUCCAGGUAGCGGCCUCCAGCCCGAGGUCCGGGCACUUAAGAAACGCUGUGUCGGUCGUCGUUCAUCGAUGAGCGGGCCGCUGAACGCGUUCGGCGAGACUGGCACUAGUCCUGCAGGCACCAUCGGCGGCGGCUGGGUCUACGCAGCCGCCAUCUCCUCCGCCGAACACCCCACUGCAGCGACCUUCUCCACGUUCCCACCUGCCCCACCCCCGUCGCCCACGACGGAGACCAGCUUCGAGAAGUACGGCGCGUUAGGCGGUGUUGGGAAGCCCAACUUGCCCAGCACGCUCCAGGGGCGUGGGGGUGUGAAGCGUCGUGUUAGUGCGGGAAACCCUGGGACGAUGGUCCCGCUUCAGAUGUUGGCAAGCAGGAACGUGAAUGUAGAGAGGCAGAUCGUCCGGAAGAGGGCGAUGACGGUCGACACAACGGAGGAAGGCAGCCAGGAGGAUCAGGCGAAGAUGAAGCGCGCCGUCUA